AGUAAAACUUACAGACUCGCUAGUUUUGUGCAAGGAGGCUGUGACUUCCUCAGUGCUGUCCUGCAGAGGUCCCCGGCGUGGAACCAGAGCCAGCGUGAGCUCAGCCAGCAGGUGGCUCUCUGGGAGCAAACCACCAAGGUCCUCUCUGGGGACCGUGCAGGUGGCUCUGUCCUGAGCUGGGACACAUCAACACUGCUCCCCAGUGCCAAGCAAGGGAACCUGCAUCAAAUACCAGUGAGAUCUGAGGAAGUCGGCCCAACCAUGGUGGGAGAUGAACAUUCAGAUCCCAACCUGAUGAACUACCUGGGGGCCAUGAAGAGGAACAUGUUGGGUAACCACUUCUGGGAGUACUAUGUGAAUGAUGCACCUCGGAUAGUCUUGGACAAGCUGGAGAACCGUGGUUACCGGGUGGUCAGCAUGACAGGCGUGGGCCAGACACUGGUGUGGUGCCUCCACAAGGAAUAGCAAGGAAGACUUCUGCAUUCCACCUGGACAAGACCCUGCUGUGGAUCAUCUUGCACAGGACUGACAGCAAGCUUUUCCCCUUGAGUAAUUCCUUUCUGUCCCAGACUCCAGGCACUUGUGUGGGUGGGUGGGUGGUGGUGGUGGGGAGGCAAAAAUUCACCUAAUGGAAGCUUACCAUCCCUGCCAUUGCACAAGGCCUUGGGGGAGGAUGGUAUGCCCAGUCCGGACUAAGGGUAAAUCAUACACCGAGAACAGAUUGCUCUAACUAUGCAUUCAUCCGAAUGGCAGUCUGGCAAAUACUAUCCUUUUACAUUUUAAGCAUCCUCUAUUUAGUGUGCAUCGGAGGGAGCUCAAAUAACAGACUUAUCUGUCUCUUCCUUAGGACUGCCCCAGAGGGGUACGUGCUGAGCUGUGAGGGUUCAGAGCAUGCCACCACCCCGUCCUUGGGGGAGGGGGCUGGGAGGGGAGGCCAAGCGCAGAUGGCAUACUCACUCAUCUCUUGAAACCAAAGCGGUGGCUGCUAAACCUGCACACUGCUCUUUGAGAAUCCCUUCACUUGGCAGCGAGGCCAGUUUCUCUCCCAAAUGAAACUGGUUAGCAGACUUUCAGUCCCAAGACUGCUAUUCAAGCAUAACACCUGGUUGCUGAAAUAGCCUUAGAGCAGCACAGGAAGGUCCAGUGAACAUUUCAGGCAUGGGCUGCGUAAUCUUAACAGCAGCAGUUGCAAUGCUGGAUUGUUUGGGACUGUGUGUAUUGAUCCUGCUGUAGAGGUAACACUAAUAAAACAUUUCUCUAAAGAGACUGA